UAGUGGUGUAUGGAAAAUAAGUAGGAGGUAUUGAGAACGAAGAUCCGCAUAUCGGGAAAUUAAGAUGGAUACCCACAGAGAGGGGAAGAAGGAUGGAGAUCACGGGGCGACGGUGUCCGCUAAAGAAGCAGCAGCAGAUCAGAAGAAGGAAUUCACGGAGGCAUCUUCGGUAGAGGAAAUAUUCUCGAGCAAGGAGGUGCCUACAUGGCAGAAUCAGCUGACUUUGAGGGCAUUUGCGGUGAGCUUGGUGCUUGGGAUUCUCUUCACCUUCAUAGUGAUGAAACUGAACCUGACCACCGGUAUCAUUCCGUCCCUCAACGUCUCGGCGGGGCUUCUGGGCUUCUUCUUUGUCAAGACAUGGACCAAGUUACUCGAGAAGGCCGGGAUGCUGAGGCAGCCCUUCACCCGUCAAGAAAACACUGUUAUUCAGACCUGCGUCGUUGCCAGCUCCGGCAUCGCAUUCAGCGGUGGCUUUGGCAGUUACCUCUUUGGGAUGAGUGAAGUUGUCGCCAAACAAUCUACUGAAGCUAACGAUGCUCAAAAUAUCAAGAACCCAACAUUGGGAUGGAUGAUUGGAUUUCUAUUUGUUGUUAGCUUUCUUGGUCUCUUUUCGGUGGUGCCUCUUCGAAAGAUUAUGGUCAUAGAUUUCAAAUUGAUUUACCCAAGUGGCACAGCAACCGCCCACCUUAUCAACAGCUUUCACACACCUCACGGUGCCAAGCUAGCGAAGAAACAAGUGAGUGCAUUGGGGAAGUUCUUCUCCUUUAGCUUUUUCUGGGGCUUUUUCCAAUGGUUUUUUACUGCAGGUGAUGGUUGUGGAUUUGGAAACUUCCCUACAUUUGGUCUCAAAGCCUAUGAUAACAGGUUUUACUUUGACUUCUCAGCUACUUAUGUUGGCGUUGGAAUGAUCUGUCCAUAUUUAAUUAACAUAUCUCUGCUUAUCGGAGCCAUUCUUUCAUGGGGUAUCAUGUGGCCACUGAUAGAUGCAAAAAAGGGCUCAUGGUACCCUGCAGAACUCAGCAGUAGCAGCCUACAUGGCCUGCAAGGUUACAGGGUCUUCAUAGCUAUAGCCAUGAUCCUUGGUGAUGGUCUCUACAACUUUUUUAAGGUCCUUGGUCACACUCUAUUUGGUUUGUAUCACCAACUACAAAACAAAGACUCGGGCUCAGUUCUCUCCGUAUCAGAUCGGUCCUCCCCUGUAAUCCCUCCGUCACUGUCUUACGAUGACCAACGUCGGGCCCAACUAUUUCUCAAGGACCAGAUUCCAACAUGGUUUGCUAUAGCUGGUUAUGUCACCAUAGCAAUUAUAUCUGCUGCCACACUUCCUCACAUAUUUCCACAGCUCAAGUGGUACUAUAUUGUGGUGAUUUACAUUACAGCACCAACACUAGCCUUUUGUAAUGCUUAUGGUUGCGGCUUGACAGACUGGUCAUUGGCAUCCACAUAUGGAAAGCUGGCCAUCUUCACCAUUGGGGCAUGGGCAGGGGCCUCCCAUGGUGGUGUUCUCGCAGGUUUAGCAGCAUGUGGGGUCAUGAUGAACAUUGUUUCCACGGCAUCUGACUUGAUGCAGGACUUUAAGACAGGCUAUAUGACGUUGGCUUCACCAAGGUCAAUGUUUGUGAGUCAAGUUAUUGGGACCGCAAUGGGUUGCAUUAUUUCUCCUUGCGUCUUUUGGCUCUUCUACAAGGCCUUCAAGGAUCUUGGAUCUCCUGGUUCAGAAUACCCAGCUCCUUAUGCUCUCGUUUACCGUAAUAUGUCAAUUCUUGGGGUUGAGGGAUUCUCGUCUUUGCCGAAGCACUGCCUCACGCUUUGCUACGCUUUCUUCGCUGCAGCCAUAUUUAUCAACGGGAUCAGAGAUUUAGUGGGAAAGAAGAGGGCUAACUUUAUUCCACUUCCCAUGGCAAUGGCAAUACCCUUUUAUCUUGGAGCAUACUUUGCCAUUGAUAUGUGUGUGGGGAGCUUGAUCUUGUUUGUGUGGCAGAAGACAAACAGGGCUAAGGCUGAUGCAUUUGGACCUGCUGUAGCGUCCGGGUUGAUUUGUGGUGAUGGGAUUUGGACUUUACCAAGUUCAAUACUCGCUUUGGCAGGUGUUAAUCCACCCAUUUGCAUGAAAUUUCUGUCUAGUGGAAUGAAUGCGAAGGUAGAUGAUUUCUUAGCUUCUUAAGUACUAAUUAGCUCGUACUGCGCGCGUAUUCGUUGUCCAGCGGUUCUUCAGUACUUCAGCCCUGUGUAGUACUACUUAUUCGACGUUUGUGUGUUGUGGGUACUAGUAGUUCGUACUUUCUAUUUCUAAAUGAGUAAUACUACAUAUAGUAAUUUUUACAUA